CAGCAGAGAUAGCAGCAAGCAGGCACUUCCACGCCGCGCAGGCUAACUCGCUUUCGGCUUUGGUUCGAGAUGGAGACUCGUUGCACCAUGAGGAGGUCCAGCGCCCACAACUUCAAGAGUGGACUGUCACUGUGGCUGAUUCUGUGGCUGGUGGUGGUGAAGCCGGGCGGGGUGGGCGCAUGCCCCAGGUUGUGUGUGUGUUACCCCACGCCCAUGACGGUCAGCUGCCAGUCCCAGAACCUCACCAUAGUGCCGGCCGGUGUGCCCUACGACUCACAACGUGUUUUCCUGCAGAACAACCGCAUCACAGAGCUUCGGGCAGACUCUUUUGGCUUCGAGACUCAGGUGCUGUGGCUGUAUGGCAACAAUAUCACAUGGAUCGAGGCCGGUGCCUUCAGUAACCUCCGAGUGCUGGAGGAGCUGGAUCUCGGUGAUAACCCUUCGCUGCGGCACCUGGAAGGUGGAGCAUUCAGGGGGCUGGAGAAGCUGCAGAGCCUGCACAUGCACCGCUGCAAGCUGGCUGCUCUCCCCCAUGACCUCUUCCACAAGCUGUACAGCCUGCAGUUUCUCUACCUGCAGGAGAAUCAGCUCCACUUUCUGCAGGAUGACCUGUUCUCAGACCUGGUAAACCUCACUCAUCUCUUCCUGCAUGGAAACCGCAUCCGCGCCCUCUCUGAGAAUGUGUUCAGAGGCCUGGUCAACCUGGACCGCCUCCUCAUCCAUGACAACCGCAUCAGGCAGGUCAACCGCCGCGCUUUCCGCGACCUGGGCCGUCUGACCAUCCUUUACCUGUUCAACAACUCCCUGGCCGAGCUGCCAGGCCAGACCAUGAAAGACGUCCAGGGCAUCCAGUUCCUCCGCCUGAAUGGUAACCCCUGGUCCUGCGGCUGUGAGGCUCGUCCCCUCUGGGAGUGGUUCCGCAAGGCCCGCAUUUCCUCCUCCGAGCUCAUGUGCACUUCCCCAUCCCAACGUCGUGGCCAGGACCUCAGAUUCCUCAGGGAGCUGGACUUCGCCCUCUGCCCUCUGCCUGACCCCGGCUCUCUGGCUGGAUCCACCACAACCACCUUCAGCACCAAGACCCGUUGGUGGUUCUCCAAGCACAAGCCUGCAUCUUCAUCCAAGACCUUGUACCAGAAGAACACAGAGACAGUGAAGGCCUUCCCCUUCUCUGCCGUCAAGCCCCAGUACCUCCCCAAAACCCCCGUCGAAUCCUUCUCCUCCAAGUAUGAACUGUCGGAGGAUGAGGUGGCACUCCCCAAGCUGGAACCAGAAGAAUACUGGGCCAAUUACGGUAACGAAGACUCCUCCAUCCGCUGCUUCGAGCUGGAGUGUCCGCCAGGCUACGACAACCCAGCCUUCCCCUCAUCCUCCUUCUCACCCAUCACUCCAUCCCUCCUCCACCUCCUCUCCUUCUCCAUAGUCACAUUCUCCCUUCAUUUCCUUUUCGGCUGA